CCCGCACUGGCCGCACCGCGAUGGCAGACGUUGGCGAUCGAAAGCACGAUGUGUUUGGAGAUGGCACGCCGUGCGAAGGCGACGAAGUCAACUUAGACAAACUCCCGUCGGCUUUCAUUGCGUCUGUGGAGGCCAGCUUUGCUAAACCGAAGCGGCGAAUCAACUUUAACCCGAGUGAGGGAGAGGUCCACCGACGCGAGAGCAAUCGGCCGUGGCGCCUCGACGCCCAUCGAAAACUCCUCGCGACGAACCAGCGCGCGGAAGAGGAGCAGUGGGAAAAGCGGCGCAUUGGACUCGCCAAGCAGGUGCACGAAGGGCUCUUGCACAAUUUCAAUAUUUACGUGGGCAUUUCCGAAGUCGGAAACAUAAUCAAGGUUGGCCAGGACCAGCGGCGGCAGGAGCAACAGGGACUUUCCGUCAACAAAGACAUUGCCGCAUCCGCCAUCUUGGUCGCCGCCGAAAAAUACGACCUCGCUCGGAUCGCCGUGCUGCUCGACAAAGUUCCUAAGAAGUAGGGGCAAAAGCUGUCAUAGCUAAGAGUGUAUUACACGGAGAAAGUGUGAGGAGUAGUUCUGGAGCGCGCUGCCCCUGCCUGGCUAAUCCACAAAGUUUACAAGCUCUCUUCUGGGACAUGCGCACUAACGUCCGUGCUUAGCGAUCGAUGGCCGUAUGUCGCGCGAGGAAUGCGACGCCUUCAGUAGAGAUCUUGUUGCAAUACCACAAGUUGAUCGAACUCAAGUGAGGCAGCGCCGCUAAGCACCGAACGCCGACGUCGGAUAGCUCGGCGCAUUCCGCAAGGUUUAGGGACUUGAGGGUUUGAAUCUUGGCGAGAUAAGGCAUGGCGUCGUCGGUGAUGAGGACGCAAUUCCCCAUGUCGAGGCGUUCCAGCGCCGGUAACGUUGACAGACACUGAAUCGAGGCGUUCGUGAGCUUGGAGCAGCUCGCAAUGUCCAAACUCUCUAGUUUGGUCAGCGCGGCCAACGCGGCAAUGCCCUCGUCGGUGAGACCGUGGCAAUACCACAAUACCAGCGAUUUCAAUCGGACAAGGCGGCCCAGGAUGGCACAACUCUUGUCGGUGAGGAGGCGGCAGUUUGCCAAAUUCAGUGUUUGGAGGUUCACGAGAUCCUUGAGGUGCACGAUGCCAACAUCGGUGAUCUGGCUGCACCGCAUCAAGUUAAGCGAUUCCAAUUGCAAGAGGUAGCGGAUUCCCCUGAGUGCGUGGUCGCCGAGUUGGCGGCAAUUUGACACGUCGAGAGCUUUGAGCUUUACUAAAGGCGCUAGCGCGACCAAACCAGCGUCCGAAAUCCCCGGACAACUUGCCAGUGCGAGCCUUUCGAGCUGCGUCAAGUUUGAAAUGGCCGCGAUCCCAGCAUCCGUGAUAACGUCGCAGUUGCCAAGGUCCAGAGUGGUCAGCGCGUGCAACCGCGCGCCCAUGAGUUCCAGAGAAGCGUCUGUGAGCCGCAGGACUUUCAUGCAGUUCAAAACGGUGAUGCGCGACGAUCCUUGCACGAGCGACGUGACGGUAUCGUCGGUCAGGUUGGAGCAAUACCAGAGAUUCAACGAUUCGAGGCACGGGAAGUGGCGCAACAUGGCCGUGCCAGCGUCCGUGAUGGAGUAGCACCCCGACAGAUCCAGUGACCUCAAACACGACAACGUAUGCAGCUGCCACAGACCUUGGUCGGUGACGUCGCCAACGUUGGCCAGUUCCAGCGUCUCCAGUUUCGAGCACCGCGUGAUCGACAUGAGGGCACGGUCAGUGAUUUGACUGCAGUUGGAUAGCGUCAACGCAGUCAAGUUGGCGAGUUGGCCAACGUAUUUGAUCGCUUCGUCCGAGAGCUGGCCCUGGUGGCAGUACCACAAACUCAGUGUUGUCAGGGCAGGCAGGUUGAUCAAGUCUGCGCAGGCGUGGUCGUCGAUGCCUGUGCAGCUCGUCAGGUUCAACGAUGUUAUGGAUGGUGGCAAGUCAGCAAGGCUAGUGAGGCGGCUGCAGUAGCCCAAGUCCAGUACCGAAAGUAGGGGCAAAUAACGAAGCAGAGCCAGCGUGUCGUUGGUGAUGUGGUCGCAUCCCCUGAGGUUCAGCGUCUGCAGCUUGAGUAGUAAGCCCAAUCCGCACAGCCCAGCAUUCGUAAUAGCACUACACCCGGCCAUGAAGACGCUGGAUACGUUGGGGAACAUCCGCAGGAGCCUGUCGACGUGUUCGUCGUUCACGCCUCCACCGGCAGGCUCCAAGUCGAGGGUUCUUGUCACUUCACGCAGUUCACGGCGGAUCCACGAACACGUCGACGCGAGUUGAACCCACUCGCUCGCGCAGCAGUACGCUGCCAGAACUGGCAUCUGCACCACCACCACGAGCAGGUCGACAUUGCUAGCUGUCGAAGUCGUCACCCCUGUCUUUGAAAGAACCGAUCCACGCGAGUCUCUCAUGUGCGACUCGCGUGUCAAGGAUGGCCGCGGCAGAGCCCAGAACUUGUCCGCUGUGAGGAGUCCUCGUCCCAUAGCUGCAAUUGGCAG